AACAAGAUUACACAAGUCUUUUCUUAUAAAAAGCAAAGUUAAGGGUUAAAAAUAUUUUCAUUUGAUGAACCGUUCAUUUACCAAACAACUAAAAAAACCUUUGCACUUGCAAACUAAUUCAAAGAACUGUUGCCAUAUAAACUUAGAAAGAGAAUCUUUACAGUUGCAAACUGGUAGGAAAAACCGCUGCGUAUGUUAAUACUCUUAUAAAACAAAUACAGUAGUUGAAAGUCUAAACAUUGUUCCAGUAAAAAAAAUGUUUUUAGUUUGUUAUGCAUAUAUACUUUUAAUAUGUCUGAAAAACAGCCAUCAAGAAAAUAAAAAAAGUCACAAGAUUGUAACAUAUUGGGGACAAAAUGCAGUUUAUAACGAAUUGAAGUCAAAAGAAUUUUGGGAAAAAGAUCUUUCGGAAUUUUGCUCUUACAAUUAUGAUACAAUCAUAUUGUCUUUUGUCAAUACAUUUUUUGAUGAAAGGAACAAAGAUAAAAUGCCUGGUAUGAAUUUUGCUUUCCAUUGUGAAACGCCUUUAAGCUCUGAUUACAAGACUUUAUUUCGAUGCAAAACAAUUGAGAGUGGAGUAAAAGAAUGCCAAAAGCGAGGCAAAAACGUUUUAAUAUCGCUAGGAGGAGCAGUCGGAAAUGUCGGAUUCAAAAAUAAAGCUGAGGCACAGCUUUUUGCAUAUAGAGUUUACCAUUUGUUUCUUGAAGGUUCGGAGUUACCAUUAUUAAGACCGUUUGGAAGUGCUGUAUUGAAUGGUAUAGAUCUUGAUAUUGAAAGUGGUGACUAUAAGUACUACUCAUUGUUUGUUCAAGAAAUUAGAAGAUUAGAGAAAACUGGAUCACAACCAGUUUUUAUUAGUGCUGCUCCCCAGUGUCCCUAUCCUGACUAUUUACUAGGCCCAUCUGCUGAACAUUUACUUGGAGACGUACCGAAUUUUAUUGAUGAAAUUUAUGUGCAAUUUUAUAACAAUUGGUGCAACACAGGUAAUACAGUUGUAUUUGAUGAUCAUAUGGUAAAAUGGCUCAACUAUUCUAGGGAUAACAAAGGACCUAAAGUUUAUAUUGGAAUACCAGCAAAUGUUAAAGCUUCCGGAAACCCUCAACAUUACAGAACUCCGCAGGAACUUGCAAUUAUAUAUAGCAAAUAUAAAGAAGAACCGCGAUUUGGAGGCAUAAUGAUUUGGGACGCGUCUUUUGAUCAGAAUAACUUAAUAGUCGGUAAACAUUAUAGCGAACAUAUUGCUGAUAUGUUUAACAUACAAAACAACAUCCAGAUUCUAGCCCAAACCACUCAAAACCUAGUUACUAUCUCUUCAAGUAUAAUACAGGAUUCAGACAAUUCUAAUACAGAUGUUUAGGCUUUUCAUGCAAAAAAGUUAGUUACUAUGUAAAACUUAUCGAAACAUGUUUUUGAAACUAGAUAACGUUUUGUGUGAAAUUUUUUUUUAAGUUUUAUUCAAUUUUUGUUAAUUUACAAAGUAUUAAAUUUAUUGUGUAAACAUAUCUCUACAACAAUAUAAAGUUUAUUGUUCAUUUAUGUGAAGAUAAGUUUUUUAAAUACAUUUUUAAAU